AUGUGGCGUCAAGCAGAAGACCUGCAGCAUUUCAAGGACGCCACAAUCGUGCAUCUCUAUAAACGGGGAGCUAAUCGCCAGCUCUACGACAACCAUCGAGGCCAAUCCUUGCUGAACAUCGCCGGGAAGAUUGUCGAUCGCACUCUCCCCAACCGCCUGAACCACCAUCUGCAACAAGGUCUCCUACUCGAAAGCCAGUGCGGCUUCCGCCGUCAUCGUGGGACCACGGACAUGAUCAUUGCCGUCCGCCAACUGCAGGAGAAGUGUCCGGAUAUGCGGAGUCACCUGUACUCUACCUUCGUGGAUCUGACGAAAGUCUUCGGCACAGUGGAUCGCGAAGGACUGUGGAAAAUCAUGCAGAAAUUCGGCUGUCCCUAACGAUUCACUCAGAUAGUGCGUCAGCUCCACGGCAUGAUGGCGCGAGUCACAGACAAUGGGGCUGUCUCAGAGGCAUUCGCAGUGAGCAACGGAGUGAAGCGGGGCUGUGUCAUGACGUCCACCCUCUUCAGUCUUAUGUUCUUUGCCAUACUGAUGGACGCCUACUGUGACGAACACCCCGAGAUCUGCAUCGCCUACAGGACGAACGGCCUCCUCCUCAACUACAGGCGGAUACACCACUGUCCACGCCCUCAACACCACCUCGGAAGAGGACAUGCAAAGGAGCAUGAAUUUCUUUUCCUUAGCCUGCGACAACUUCAGUCUGGUCAUAAACAUGGAGGAGAUGUUGGUCAUAUACUAACCGCCACCUAACACAGCCUACAAUGCGCCGCAACUCUGUGUGAACGGCGUCCAAAUGCAAGUGGUGGGCAACUUCACGUAUCUACGCAGCACCCUCUCCCGCAGCACGAAAAUGGACGACGAAGUAGCCCGCUAGAUUUCGAAGGCCAGUCAAGCCUUCGGUCGUCUUCAACACACAGUUUGGAAUCGUCACGGCCUUCAGCUCGAUACGAAAUUGAAGAUGUACAAGGCCGUCAUCCUACCGACGCUACCGUAUGGAGCAGAGACUUGGACAGUGUACACAAAGCAGGCACGCCGACUCAACCACUUCCACCUCAGUUUUCUACGUUGUAUACUAAGUCUGAGAUGGCAGGACCGGAUCCCAGACACGGCCGUACUGGAGCGGACGGGAAUCUUCAGUAUAUACACUAUGCUGGGACAACCGCAUCUACGCUUGAGCGGCCACCUCGUGCACAUGGACGACGAGAGGCUACCCAAAUGACUGUUCUAUGGAGAUUUCGCGACGGGUUCGCUCCGCCCAGGAAGCUCAAUCCGUCGAUACAAUGAAACUCUGAAGACCUCUCUGAAGCGCCUACAUAUCAACCCGGCAAACUGGGAAGACCUCGCCCGGGACCGACCUACGUGGAGAAGAGAAGUAAAGACAGGCGCAGCAAUCUUCGAAGCCAAGCACAGACACGCAAAUCUCAUCUGUCACCGCCGCCAACUCAUAACGCCAACGCCCAACCGCCUCCAUAUUGUCCACAAUAGUAACGAACGUUAUGGACGCCAAGUAGACUUUUUGGACACCUUUCGACCAUCUGCAGCACCCGAAUUACACCAACCGUCGUCUCUCCUCCGACCUCUCCCUCGUCUCCCCCGCCGUCAAAUAACGUUGGUCGCCCUCCCGAACCGUCACUACCAUCCUCCUCCCCCUCCUCCUCCUCUUCCAGCCCUUCAAAGACUGCCGUUGUGGCGUCUGCCAUGCCCAUCAACACUACAUACAAUCCCGACACACCAGUGAACACUAACAUCACCACUCUCAACAUCAGUGAUGAGGACCUGGUCUAUACCUGUCCUCAUUGCAAUCGUACCUUCACCUCACACAUCUGCCUAGUCGGUCACUUGCGAAUCCAUUGUACAACGACUGAAAAACCAGUGCCUGGAGCGCCAACCUACACCCGCCGCAUCCGACUCCACUGCCCACACUCCCCACGCGCAUUCAUGCACUGCAUUAGCCUAUUCAGCCACAUACGUAUCCGCGACACAACUAGCAGAUCCAGCACACCCACCAUGCCUAGCCCCGCCCACAAUCCGUCGCCCAGCGCGCCCACCACCAGCUCCACUAUCACCAUCGCCGAAGCUGAUACUGGCACUGCCGACUUCUCAUGUCCACAUUGUCCCCAUGCAUUCACUUCACGCAUCGGCCUGGUCGUCACUUGCGAAUCCAUCGCACAGAGGCUGACGAACCAGUGUCUGGAGCACCAACUUACACUCGCCGCAUCCGCCUCCACUGUCCACAUUACACUUGCACAUUCAUUCGCCGCAUGA